CAGGAGCCGAGCGCGCCCUCGUCCCUCCCUCGCGGUGGCACGCACCCAGCUGCUGCCGGGCGCACCUGCGGGUCCCCAAGGGGGGCGCUGCCCGGGCAACUGCCGCCGCCGCCUAGACCUCGUGAGCCGCGCGGGGGGCAGCCCUGAGCAGCGAUGAGCAGCGACCCGGACCACGAGGGCCCAACGGACGGAGCUAUUGAUCAACAAGAGAUGGUUCCAAGUAAGAAGAACACUGUUCUUGUGGAUGGGGUUGUGCUGAAUGGCCCCACAACAGACGCAAGAGCAGGAGAAAAAUUUGUUGAAGAGGCCUGUAGGCUAAUAAUGGAAGAGGUGGUUUUGAAGGCUACAGAUGUCAAUGAGAAGGUCUGUGAAUGGCGGUCUCCUGAACAGCUGAAACAGCUCCUUGAUCUGGAGAUGAGAGACACAGGAGAGCCACACCACAGGCUGUUGAGACUCUGCCAGGAUGUCAUACACUACAGCGUCAAAACUAACCAUCCAAGAUUUUUCAACCAGUUGUAUGCUGGACUUGAUUAUUACUCCUUGGUGGCCCGAUUUAUGACAGAAGCAUUAAACCCAAGCGUUUAUACGUAUGAGGUGUCCCCAGUGUUUCUGUUAGUGGAAGAAGCGGUUCUGAAGAAAAUGAUUGAAUUUAUUGGCUGGAAAGAAGGGGAUGGAAUAUUUAACCCAGGUGGCUCAGUGUCCAAUAUGUAUGCAAUGAAUUUAGCUAGAUACAAAUAUUGUCCUGAUAUUAAGGAAAAGGGGCUGUCUGGGUUGCCAAGAUUAAUCCUUUUCACGUCUGCAGAGUGUCAUUACUCCAUGAAGAAGGCAGCCUCCUUUCUUGGGAUUGGUACUGAGAAUGUUUGCUUUGUGGAAACAGAUGGAAGAGGUAAAAUGAUACCUGAGGAACUGGAGAAGCAAAUCUGGCAAACCAGAAAAGAGUUCUUGUGUGGGUCCUUCUCACAGGGAGGAGUGCCCUUUCUGGUCUGUGCCACUUCUGGUACGACUGUGCUGGGAGCCUUCGAUCCUCUGGAUGAAAUAGCUGACAUCUGUGGGAGGCACGGCCUCUGGCUUCAUGUGGAUGCUUCUUGGGGUGGUUCAGCUCUGAUGUCAAGGAAGCACCGCAAGCUACUGCGUGGCAUCCACAGAGCUGACUCUGUGGCUUGGAACCCCCACAAGAUGCUGAUGGCUGGAAUUCAGUGCUGUGCUCUUCUCAUAAAAGACAAAUCUGACCUUCUUAAGAAAUGCUACUCUGCCAAGGCAUCUUACCUCUUCCAGCAGGAUAAAUUCUAUGACGUUAGCUACGACACAGGAGACAAAUCCAUCCAGUGUAGCAGGAGACCGGAUGCAUUCAAGUUCUGGAUGACCUGGAAGGCCCUGGGCACCUUGGGCCUUGAAGAAAGAGUUAAUCGCGCUCUUGCUUUAUCUAGGUACCUAGUAGAAGAAAUCAAGAAAAGAGAAGGAUUCAAGUUACUGAUGGAACCUGAGUAUGCCAAUAUUUGCUUUUGGUACAUUCCACCAAGCCUCAGAGGGAUGGAAGAAGGACCUAAGUACUGGGAAAAACUUAAUUUGGUGGCCCCAGCCAUCAAGGAGAGGAUGAUGAAGAAGGGAAGCCUGAUGCUGGGCUACCAGCCCCACCGGGGGAAGGUCAACUUCUUCCGCCAGGUGGUGAUCAACCCUCAAGUGGGCCGGGAGGACAUGGACUUCCUCUUGGAUGAGAUCGACCUGCUGGGGAGGGACAUGUAGCUGUGGCUUUGGGCCCCCAGAGGCCCGGGUUCUGUCCUGGGGAGGGCUGCAGAGCCAGGGCCUCUGGGGACACAGAGGGAUUGCAGCCCUUCUGGCGGGAAUAGGGCACAUGCCCCAUGCUGGCCAGCAGAGCCAAAAUGCUAAGCAAAUCACGUUCAGGACUCUUUAGCAGCCAUCGCACUGCUGUUGCUAUAAAGGAGGAAGCGAAAGUGGAUUUUCUCCCAGAUUGUCCCUGUGACACAGGCUAGAAGAGAGCUUAGAAAGUACCAUGGGGUGGGGGGGCUGCCUUCUUAGCUUUCAUUGCUCUUUAAAGAACAUAUAAAUUAAUAAUUUAAGGCAGUAGUUCUCAAAGUGGGUCCCUGAAAUCAACAACACUAACAUCAGCUGGGAACUUGUUAAAAAUACAGAUUCCCAGCCCAUCCAGACCUACUGGAUCAGAAGCUCUGGGGUGAGUAGUUCGAUUUUAAGGAGCCUGACAGGUGAUUCUGAAGCAAGGUGAAAUCUGAGAAGAUGUGGCUUAGUGAAACCUUGUGAUGACUGAAUAAUGCCUCUGAUGUUUGCCAGCCCAGGGAUAGCUAAUGUUGAAGCGGCUCAUGAGCCAGUCUUUGAAACUACAGCUGUGGCAUCUGUAGCACAAAUUUAGGGACAACUAUUAUCAAAGCAAUUUUUCAAAAGAAGCUAUAGAAGAUGUUUACUUUAUAAAAGUGUGUCUUUUAUGCAGGAUAAAUAUUUAUUCUCAAAAGUUAAAACUAACCAUUAUUCUGUUCUUCAUUUCCUGAAUUACAGAUAAGGGUAAAAGGCAAACGCUUUGUAGUGUGGCCUUCGCCGCCAAAGCAAUAGUUAUUCUUCACUUCCCCCAAUCAUUUGUGUCAUCGCUGCGAGUGGACAUCAGGUUGAGAUGUCUCUAACUAUGUACCUCUUUUAGAUGUGGGGGCCCACUGCUUAUCUUGCUCUCUGCUUGUAGGAAAUAACCACAACGAAGUCCAGGGUUAAACAACAUUCCCUUUCUCAAGCUUUGAAAUGUCCAUGUAGACUAUUACGUGAUUUCUUAUUAGGCAGAGAAUCUGGGAAUUAGAGGCCUUUAUUUAUCCUGGGAGUGGAUGACUGUACUGCUCUCUGUGAUCCUGGUCCUCGAUUUCUAGGAGAAUUUUAUUUGUCUAAGAAAUAAACAGAAUUCAGAGGUGUGGGUGCAGAGUUAACAAGGUAAGAUUAUGAACCUAAAAGCUCUGGUUUGAAAGACAAAAGAUUAAAGAGUGUUCAAGUAUUAGACUUAGCAUGUCAAUAACCUUUUCCAUUGUUAACUUGUGUUUCAGUUUUGAAGAGUAAACAGCAGAUGUGUACAAUUUGCUUUUAUUCAUAUUUUCAUUUUAGGGUGUGUGGUUUUUCAAUAUCACCACUGGUCAAAGAAUAUUUUAAUCUUUCUCUGAAAUUACUUUAAUUUCCAGUGAUAGCCAUUUGUGUGAAUGUGUGUUUUGCAUUUCUUAUUUGCCUUUCUGUGUUAAUGUCUAUGUAAAAUGUUCCCCAAAUUAAUGUUUGCCAUCAUUUGGGUUCCAUGAAAUAAAAAGCAACA